ACAUCGUUAAUCCCUGUAGUUUGGUUUACAGGCGUCUAGGUUCGGGCGCUGCACUCAGUUCAAAUUGAAUUUUCAUGGUGAGCGCUCGUUGGCAAGUUGUUGCGUUCGGUUCGGUUAAUAGCACAUUUCGGCAUGUGCUACCGUCGGUGGUUCAUUUGCUUGAGUUGAGAUUUUAUGGAGCUAUUGCCAAGGGAGACGAGUAGGAUGUGUGCGGUUCGGGUCCAUUGGCAAGCGGUGGUAAUUCAGUUGGCCGAGGUCUAAACCGGAAUUCACUUCAUCGGUUGCGUUGUGUGCCGAGCACGUUGCGUGCGACUGCAAUUAUUUUUAUUAACACCACCACAAAUUGAAUCUUAAUUGAUUGGCACAAUAAGCUAACAAUAACAACAGCAAUAAUAAUAUCAAAUUUCUAUUUAUAAUAAGAUUAUUACGAAAGGAGUAUGCUAACAAAAAGAUUGUGAAUACAUACAUGCAUAUGUAGAUAUAUAAAAAUAUACGCACAUACAUACAUACAUACCAAUAUAAUCGAUAUAUGUGAAUUCAGUGAAUUUAAUGUGUAACUUGGAGUGCCCAAAAUUUUUUUAUUAAAAUAUUUGCGAUAAUUUCAUGCGAAUUUUCUGACAUUUCAUGCGGCAACAGCAGCAACAAUUCUUGUAGUGUGUUGCUAUACACAAAAACGCUCGUGGCUAGUGAGCGUCUUCAGAAUGGUGUUAGAGCAACAGCUGCAGCAACAACAACAAAAUCUGCAGUUACAACGCAUAUCAACACAAGCGCGUUUAAGUCCGACGGCAGAUACCGCCAGCAGUUCUGAUAGCGUUGCGGUGAGUGGUGGUAUUGCUUCCUCGUGUCCCGGAACAUUCGCCCGCUCGACGGGUGCUGCCGCCACCAUGCCGCCGGAAGGUUUACACCCGACGGCGGCUUUACAAUUGUACGCUGCUGCAGCCCAGUUGGCUCCAGGCGGAGUACGCGUUCCGCCUUGGGGGCCAUUCCUGCAAUUUGGUGUGCCGGGUGUAUUUGCCGGCCGCCCGUUUUUGGGCCGUCCACGUUUCGAGGCCAACUCGCAAAAUGCUGCCGCUGCCGCUGCGGCCUCGCAAAUGGCGGUAAAUGCAAGUAAUGCCUUCGCUAAUCUAACGGGGCUAAGUGUGGCGAUGCGGAAUGUAUCCGCCGUGCAAACUACUGCGGCUGCAGCUGUAGCCACAGUGGCCAUUCAACACCGCUUAAUGAUUGGAAAUCGGCAAAAUUUGGCAGCGGGUCCUCCAAGUGAAGGAUCAAAUGAGGAUGGAGCUUAA